UCUUUUUUUGGAAUCGACUCCGGGUCGUAGUGGACAGUAAACAGUAAUGGCGCUCUACGGGCUGAUCCAGGCUGCUGUUUUAAUCACUAACGCGAUAGCAGUGCUGCACGAAGAGCGGUUCCUCGCCAAGAUCGGCUGGGGCGUGGACCAAAGCGUCGGUGGGUUCGGAGAGGAACCUGGCAUCAAAACUCAGCUCAUCAACCUGAUCCGCUCUGUCAGGACAGUCAUGCGAGUGCCCCUGAUCGCCGUGAACUCAGUCUGCAUAGUCCUGCUGCUGCUGUUCGGCUGAUGGAGCGACGCGGUUAAAGCGAUAGUCUGACCACGCAUCAUAUGAACCCAGUUUCACCCCAGAAUAGUCAGCCAGGACAGGUUUGGUGUUUUCUUUAGUUUUGGCACUGGAGCUGCGAGGCUAAUGAAGCUGAGAAGUAAUGGAAAUGCAUAUCCCACCAGUUAACACCGGCCUAACCGUGUCAUCACACUCGCCUCAAACAUGUUCGCAAAGUUGCCAUCCUGUUCGUCAGCUUCCCAUUUGAAUUUUCCGUUCCACCUUAAAUGGUGCAGCAGUUACAUUCUGACGCCUGAGGCUGUUUAAGGUGGAAUGGAAGAUUCAAAUAAGAAGCUGACGAAUAGGAAACAACUUCAGCUUCUUGGCUCGAACCGUGUUCAGUACUAUCUAAUAGUACAUUAGCAUAGCUAAUGGCUGACUGUCUGUGGGGUAAGUGGUGGACACCUGUUAAUUAGAUUCUUCUUGGCCAAACUGUCGCUUUAACUCCCAGGCUGAAGAACAGACCAGCACUACUGACAUCACUGAAUGGUUUCAGAUCAGCAAUAACAGAGACAUUCUACACUGGGAUUUAUUAAUAAUUUGCUAAGUAUGUUGGAUAUUUGGUAGGUAUAUAAUCUGAUUAUUUAUCUUACAAUAAACAGAUGACCAUGAAUAUUUUUGGGUGAUUUAUAAUAUGAUGUUGAUGUGAUCGUCGCAGCUCAUGUGCCUUCCGCCACAUUUGACUCAAAUGAAUGGACCCAAAUAUCACAUGACUGUAAUGUUGUAAUGAUUUAUUUCAUAAUGAACUUGAUUAUAACGAAAGUACCUUUAAUGUGUUAUUUGUAAUGAUUGAAAUGUGUCUUAUAACAAUGUGUAACAGGCAAAUUGUAAGAAUUAUUAAAAUAUCAUUUCAUUCCUGUU